AUGGAAACCUUCUGGCAAGUACUUCUAGUCGUAUUCGCCGUGGAUAAGGCAUUAUGCACAAUCUCCGGCUUGACUUACAUGGACUCAUUGGCACAAAAGCACCGCACCAACUCACCAAAUGGAGAAGACCCAUGCAAUCCACUGUUCUGGUAUCCGAACAAGAUUCCUGAUCAUUGUUACUCCAAGACAUCACCAAGGCCCCCAGAUAAGCGUCCUGCCAAUACUUUUCCAUUACCAAUACCAGUGCCAGUUGCCCCGCCACCAAUCCCUAUGCCCAUGCCGUUACCAGCUCCGAUACCGGCUGCUCCAAUACCAGCGCCUAUGCCAAUGCCGGCGCCGGCGCCCGGCCUGCCCGGUCCCAUGCUUGCAGUCCCACCGAUGCCUGCAGCUGUCCCCGUCCCCAUACCACCUAUCCCCUACGGCAUCCCAAUAGCACCCACCCACCCCAUGCUACCAGUGUUUCCCCAACCGUAUCCCUAUCCCCCGCAGCCUUUCCCAGCUUUCCCUCCAUUCCCCACGUACCCGAUCCCUCCAAUCUACCAUCAAGGACCACCAGCGGGAUUCGUCCCUGGAUUACCUGGUCUGGUUUCUCCAGACGGCGGGAUAAAUAUCCUGCCGUUCACAGACGUGUACUCUGAGAUAUUGGAGAAACAUAAACAAAAGAUGAUGAAAAAGCAAAUUGAAAAAAUGAUGGAAAAAUAUGAGAACUAUCCAAAGAGACGCAAGCCGUACAGAAGGCAUAUGUACGACUGA